AUGGGAGACCAAGAGGAGGACUUGUCGAAAUUGGCGACUUUCGACCUGGUCCAGCAUAGCAACUGGAAGGGACGCAAGAUGGGAUAUGAGCGGCUCUUGAAAGAGGUCCCAACUUAUGUCCUUGAGCCAGAGAAGCUGAAGAAAUUCUGCCCUUUGUUGAAAGGACUCGUCAGCGAGAAGAAUGAGCUCAGCAGAAUCCUCUCUUCUGAGCUAGCGUUUCUCAUUCUCGAAUCAGCAGAAACGAAAACAGUUGCCAAGCACGUUUCUUCUGUGGUGGAUGGGGUCAUCAACAACUGCUUCAGCUCGAAACCAAAAACGAAGCAGAACGGCGUUGAUUGUGUCAUGCAGUUUAUCGAGCAUGAGAAACACGCUGAAGCUUGCGCGGGGCUCUUGGAAGGCGUCAAAAACAAGAACCCAAAAGUCGUGACGGCGGCCGUCGAGACCUUGAAUCAGGCUCUCUGCGAGUUUGGUCCAAAGGUCGUUCAAUUGAAGCCGCUUUUCGAUGAGCUUCCGAAACUUUUUCAGCACCGCGACAAAAAUGUGCGAAACGCGACGAAGGACUUCUUUGUUGAAGCUUACUGCUGGGUGGGUGCAGCUGUGAAAAGCCAGCUCGAAAAAAUCCCAAAAAUCGAGCAGAACAUCAAAGAAUGCGAAGAUGCUUGGAAAGACAUGAAAAGCAAGAGCAAGCCGACUCGCUUUUUCAAGCGUCUCCAAGCUGAAAAAGAAGCAGAGGCGGCGACUGUAAACGAGGCUGGCGACGCUGGAGAAGCAUGUGAAGAAGCAGCCAACGAAGAAGCGUUCGCUCAAGAUGCGUGGGAGUAUGCUCCCAAAAUUGAUCUUGGCGAGAUUAAAUCUGUGAAGUACGGAGAAGACAAGCUAUCGUUUGCGGACGCGAUGGCAUCGAAGAAAUGGAAGGACAGGGGUGCCGCUUUGGAUAAGCUCAUGGAAAUAUUGAAGAUCGACAAAGAUACGAUCAUCAAAGUUCCUAAGGGUGACUACAUCGCACUCAUCACCGAUCUUAAAGUCGUCAUCAAGAAGGACACGAAUGUUCUGCUAAUCUCAAAAGCUUUGAAAAUUGUUAAAGCUCUCGCGGAUGGCAUGAGGAUGGGCUUUUCUCAGUACGGUGCUAUCUUACUCCCUGAAAUCAUCGCUCGCUUCAAGGAAAAGAAGGCCGCAGUUCUCGAGGUCGCGCGUGCAGCUGCUGAUUCGAUCGCUCUCGUGACGAAAUUUCCAGACAGCUCGAUGGAGCUCGUUCUUUCUUCCCUCGAAGAUAAAAAUCCUGGUGUUCGUGCGGAAACGAUGUCUUACAUUUUCAGAAACGCGAGACCGAAGACAAUCAAGUUUCAAAAAACCGUCAUCAAAGAAUUUUUAACUAAGGUGACGAAAAACAUCGAGCAUUCCGAUAAAGGCGUCCGAGAAGCAGCUUAUCGUGUGCUGGCACUGAUGAGCACUAAACUUGACGCAAAGAUAAUGAACACCUUCACAGCAGACUUUAAAGACGAUCGUAUGAAGCUUUAUGAAGACGCUAAAGCGGAGCUAGCCAAAGCGCCCGCUCAGCAGAUCAUACAAGCUUCUCCUGCCACUUCAGCCGCCUCUGCGCCGCCGAAAAAAGUACCGCCUCCUGUAAAGAAAGUGCCGUCAAAAUCAAAAACUGCGCCUAUGAAAAAAGCAAAGAAAGUACCUGACAAGAGAAAAUGCCCAAAAGAGAACUCUGGAGAUGCCGGGCCACCUUUAGAACCUGAAAUUGACGAACUAGCCGCUGUCGAUAUCUGCAAUGAACUCUACGGAGAAGCGACGAUCAAAAAAGUACAAGAUAAAAUCUGGAAAGUCCGCUUGGAGGGCCUUCAGGAGCUGUUCCAAAAAGCAGAGAUAGAAGCCCCCGAGGAGAUAAAGACGCAGGCGAUUCUCAAAACACUGUCUCUCGCGCCUGGUUUCAAGGACUCAAACUUCCAAUGCAACCAGGAGAAAUUCAAAAUCAUCAAGGUUGCUGUGCGAAACCCAAAGCUGUCUGAUACCUCGAUCAACAUUGUCUUUGGCUACUGUCUCGAUAAGAUCGCUGAUCCGAAAUGCUCUGCUGGAUCCAAAGAGUCGCUUUCUUCAAUGGCUGAUUCUGUUUCACUUGCUCAUCUUGCGCCUCGAGUGCUGUGCGAGGGAAAUAAACUCAAAAGCGUCAAAAAUGUAGCGGAGUGUUGGAGAUGGUUCAGCGAUGCUCUCCCUCAGUUUGGCUUUGGCAAGUUGGAACUCAAAGUAAUAAUCGAAGAAGCUGUGAAAGCUCUUGGUAACACUAAUGCGAUCGUCCGUAGUAAUGCAGUCGACGCUAUCGCCGCUCUUAUCCGGUACGUUCCCCAGCUCCGUCCUAAGUUCGACGAUCAAAAAGAAGCCAUCAAGGCCCAAAUAGACUCAGCAGUAGCAAAGUUCGACGGUCCACCACCUGCACCCACUCGUGGACCUGUGCUCAAAGCGCUAGUAGCUAAAUCAGACAAUAACGAAGACGAUAAUAAUGCUGUGAACGAAGACGCUGAAGAGGACGAUCUUAUUCCACGUGAGUCAAUCUCGAGCUCAUUCACUCAAGAUUUACUGGACAAACUCGGCGACAAGAACUGGAAACUGCGCAAAGAAGCACUCGAAGAGGUGAAAACGAUCUUUGAUAAGAAUAAGUUCAUAGCACCUGAUCUUGGAGAUCUUCCGCUUCCACUCUGCAAGCGACUUGUGGAUGUAAACAAGGUCCUAGUUCAGAUGGCUUUCGAAAUCACAAGUGCAAUUCCAGCUAGUCUUGGUGCAAAAGGAGCGAGAGCACAUUGCCGCACCUUUACCGUGGCGAUAAUUGGAGCAUUGAAUGAUUCAAAAGUUCAAAUCCGUGAAAAGGGUAUCAGUGCACUCGAAGCUUGGCUUAAAGAAGCACCUCUUUCCUACUGGUUCGACGACUCCAAUUCCAUUGCGGAACUUCUCAGCGAUGCUAAAAAAGUACAUUUGCGGUAUACCUUCUUGUCCUGGCUGUCCGAUCAUCUAGCUACCGCGAAAAAACUAUCGUCCAGUUCACUGUCGGCUUGUCUUCCUCACCUGUACAAUUGCCUUGAAGAUCGCGAUGCAAAAGUCCGUGAAGCAGCGACUAAAUCGCUGGUCAGCUUUAUGAUCCAUCUCGGCUUUCCAAAAAUGGUCAAAGCUUGUGGAACCAACCAAAAAGUUCGCCUCGAGUUAGAAAAGGCCAGAGAAGCUCUUCCAAAAGUUGAAGUCAAAGCCGAAGUCAUUAAUCCUGAUGUCUUGAUGACGACUAAAGAUUGUGGAUCCCCGCCCACCAAGAAAACUAAAAAAUCCGAAGAAAAGACUUCCACGGAAAAAGUCGAAAAGAAACCGGAAAAGAAGACACUCAAGAAGUCGAAGUCCUCUUCAAGAUCGCUGAAGUUGGACAAGGAUGAUAUCGGAGAAAUUAUCACGGGAACAGAGAAGGCCAAAGAUAAACGGCGUCUCGAAGACCGAAAAAAGAAAACACUGACUUGUAGGCUUGGUGGAGGACUGCGCUCACCACCAAGCCAUCUCGACUUGGAGGUGGAGUAA